AAUGGAGAUUACAAGCCCCAGACAAGCCCCACGUUGAUUGCUUGUGAAAUAGUUAUAAGGACGCAGGAUAUCUCGUUAUCUUUUUCUUUCAAUAUUUCCCUCCCCUCCAAGUGAAGUUACAUAUAUCAGCAAAUUGUUUAAACAAGUAUGUCCUCUACUGGAAUAACGAUAUUUUACGAGCCUAGUGGAUGCAACUGCGACGGCACUGCGUAUACCGAAGCUGAUAUCAACGCUGCUGGAGCUAAGGCGCUGCAACUGGCAAGCGAGAAGAAAACUCUGGGCGAAGACAAAUAUCCUCACGUCUACAACGACUAUGAAAGAUUCAACUUCGUUCAUGCAAUGAAGCCUUAUCUUGAAUUUCCUAUCGAGCGUAAUGCCAAAACGUACAACGGCGGCAGCCCUGGCGCAGACAGGCUUGUGAUUGGAAGUAUUGCCGAGGAUUUCAGUAGCGCUGUGUACUGCGCAGUCAUCACUCAUGAUGGGGAAAAGAAGAAUGGGUUUGCGGAAUGUGCUGAUGAUACGCUGAACCCGAGGGGUAAGGGGAAAUAUGAACCAGGUGCAGGAGAGGUCGAAAAGCAUCACAAGAAGCAUGGUCAUCACAGUCAUCGCUACGGGGAUAGAAAGUUGAGGGAAUAUAUUGAGAUUUGAACGAACCAGAACAUUCAGAGUGUCCUUGUAUAUCUUCUUCAUUGUACCGUCGAUAAGUACUGGAAUCACUGAGAGCCAAUCAGCAAUUAUGACUUACAUACGCGCCCCGUUUUCGAUCAAUCAUGUGAUG